AUGAAUUCAUUAGCGAUAAGCGAACAAGAUAAAGAAGAAUUUGAGACUUAUUUGGACCAAAAUGGUAUUUUGGAUAAACUAACCGAUAUACUAAUCAUGUUGCAUAGCGAACAAGAAGUACCUUUAGAUCCCAUCGAAUACGUGAGGAAGAAAAUAUAUGUAGACAACCCAGACGUUGAGGAAAUUAAGGAAUUGAAGACCCAGAUCCAAAACGCCGCUAUUGAAUUAGCCGAGCUUCAGAGGACCAGGGAUGAACUCAAAAUUCGCCUGGAACAAUUUCAAAGUGAAUCGCAACUGGAGGUCGAGAAUUAUGAGGAUGAAGCGAUCAAAGUAGUAGACAACGAUGAAUAUGUUGAUUGA